AUGGAGGUAGAGCAGGCGAUGCAAGACACUGUCAAAGCAAAGCCUGUGAAGCCAAAACCAAAACUGAAGGGCAGGCAAGGCAGACCUACAAAUAUAUCUGACUUGCCUUGUGUUGCAAAUAUAGAAGUAGAAGCUCACCAUGUGACUGCCAAUGAUUUUUUGGGCUCAAGCAAUAAGCUGCCAAGACAACACAAUACAACUGAGCUGCUGGGUGAUGAUGUGGCAACUUCAGCACAUGUGCCCAACCCAGGAAAGUCCUGGUACAUUGUGCUCUUCCCUUGCACAAUGCUCCUUCUGCUCACUGAAUCAACUGUAUUUUGGCUGAACCUUACCUGGAAUAGCUGGGCCAGUGGCAGUGCACCUGUUGGAAAUGGUACCCCCCACAAUUCUGUAACAUUGGGCUCCCAAGUUCAAACCAAUGGGAUUCCUAACCUGCCCCCUUCCACUGUCCCAUCCUUAACAACUAAAGCCACCAGUGUCAGCUCAGAAAUUUCCAUCACAGAGGAUGAUCAGGAGUGCACUAUGCCACAGGAAAGCACCAAACACCAUAUGAUCAGCAACAACAUUCCUGCAGUGGCCCAUGAUGAGGAUGAACAUUACUUCAGGGACCCCCUUACUGUCUCCACCAAGUUUACAUGGUACCAGAAGCCUGUUGAGGUAUUUUUCUUUGGAUCACAAAAGCCCAUGAGUCUCUCACACACACUGGUACUAUUUCUAGGCUAUGUUGAGAAUGUGGAUGAUGGGGGUUCUUUCUGUGACCUCCAUGAUGUAAAUUUUUGCAUGAAGGUUGUAAAGGAGCCACAUGUUACUACAAUGCAAAGAAAGCGAAGCAUGACUUGUGGGCACAUACAUUUUUUCAAUGCAAACUUGCCUGAAGAGCUGCAAGAGGAUAGAAGAUGGUCGAACCAAAUGCUUCCCACUCUCCUCAUGUGGGCUGGGCCCUUCCCUGAUCCAUGGGCAAUCCCAGAUCUGGAGCUCAUGACCUCCCUUGUCUCAGAUUUUGAUUCUCAUGCAGUAUGCCCAGGGACACUGACUUUCAUGCUGGCAACUUGGCAACUUGGUCUGUGGUGCAGCAACUUCAGCUCUACCACCAUUGCACUCAUUGCUCAUUUUCUUGCAUCAGAUCCAGAUGAUGAUGCAUGGUCUGCUGCCACUGUCAGGCAAACUUGCAAUGAACUCAUAGAUGGACCACUUUCCUUCCUAUAUCAAGACCUCAACAUGACAAACCCAGCACACACUUAUUGA